AUGUCUGGUUUAUCGGAUGAAGAGUCCGUGACCUCGAAGCUACAUCUACCAGGCGAUAGGACACAAGAGGAGGCUAGACUAGAGAAGAAAGGAUGCCUCAAAUCUCUCCGAAGAUAUCGACACAAUGUCUACAAAGAGGAGCAACAGGCAAGCAAGCAAGGAAAAGCCGAUUUCGACAGCUUUGUGGAAUUUCUACAGGUUGAGCAUUAA